UUAAACACAAAAUAAAGCAAAACAAAAAUAACUCCUUAGAUGUCUCUCAUAUGUAGCCAGUUUUGGUAAUAUGUAGCCAGGUUUGGCAGACUGAGGAGGGGUUAUCUGCUUGUCCUUCAAAUAAUUCUCCAUAACUAUAGUUUCUUUUACCCAGGCUUUUGUUAGGUAUCAAAAAGUAAACAGUUGAAAGUUACUUCUUGGAAAGAGUCUGGAAUGUAAGAGGCUUCAGAGCUGCAUGUUGAAGGUAGAUCCAUACACUUCACAGUUCAGUGAAGCAAAUGGUAGUUUAUCUUCUCUUUUAGACACCGUGGAACAUUCACGGUUGGAUACGUGGCAGAGAAAAAAUUUUUGCAGGCUGUUCCGGAACCUUGUUAGACAAUAAUUCUGUACUAUAUUUCUCUAGAACAAUGUCUGGCCAAGAUUCCAAAUUUUUACAGCAUAAGAAAUCGGUGGAGAUAAUUUGUGCUUGAAAAAAAUGUUCAAAACUGAAGUUACCAAAUUAGCCAUUUUUAGCUUUUGAUAAAGGCAGGAUGAAUUAAUUGCCAAAUGGACACCUAUUUUUAAACAAAUGGAUCGAUCCGCUUUACCAAGUUAUUGACUAUCAUUCAAAUUAAUUUUAGAGAACACCUGUCUCAAAUAAUUAGGCUAGUUAGUAUAAGGAGAGUUGAAUAUCUUCCCCACAGCUGUUAGAGAGCAGGACCCCAGUCCACAGAAGCCAUUCCUAAUUCAGGUCAAUCAAUAGCUGUAUUAGCAUACAGCUGGUGCCCGUAUUUUUAGCCUCCUUUGCAGGCUACAUGGAUUCAGAUGGUCCUACAUAAGUUUUCGGCUAAUGCCUGUUCCAGGGUUUGUCAUUUGAUCCGUCAGGAGUCUUUCAGGGCUUCUGAAGAGACAAACACCAUAAGCCUGAGGAGUGAUACUCUCACCAUUGUUUGUCUUUUCAGGCCAUCUCGGCACCCACGGUAGUGCCCAGGCCUUGGCCCUAAAUGAGACUAUUGGCCUGGAUAUCACCUCACUUUUGUUAUAAAGCUUUAAUUUCAUGCAACAUACGGCUCCUUCUCUGCACUACAGUCAGGAUUUUCAAUUUGGUCCCUAAAAGGAGCUGCCGGUCCGGACGCCUUGGACCACACCCAAGGCACUUGGACACCGUUGUGCAGCGGGUGACUGCUCAUGAGCUACGCAGCAAGGAAAAGGGGUUUCCCUCCAGUCCCAGCGCUUUGUCCCCGCGCGGCCCCCGUCCGUCCUCCCUGGAGCCGCUUGCCGGUCAAAAAGUUAGUUUCUCCAGGUUCCGGGCUCGGCGACAUCGGACGCGAAGUGUGAGUCCCUUCGAGGACAAGCUCGGCCCGCUGCUCGGGCUAUUAGGAACCUCAAUCAUAGAGAGAAAAACAUCUCACCAGCAGUGGGGUCGAAGCAAUGUUAUGGAAGGAAAAGUUCCUCACAUAAGGAUGGAGAGUGGAGCAGCUAUUGAGGAAUUCUAUACUUUUGGAAGAACGCUGGGACAAGGAAGUUUUGGAAUGGUCUUUGAAGCUAUAGACAAGGAAACAGACACUAAGUGGGCAAUUAAAAAAGUAAAUAAAGAAAAGGCUGGAAGUUCUGCUGUGAAGUUACUUGAACGGGAGGUGAACAUCCUAAAAAGUGUAAAACAUGAGCACAUCAUACAUUUGGAACAAAUAUUUGAGACGCCUAAGAAAAUGUACCUUGUGAUGGAACUUUGUGAGGAUGGAGAACUCAAAGAAAUUUUGGAUAGGAAAAGGCAUUUCUCAGAGAAUGAGACGAGGUGGAUCAUUCAAAGUCUUGCAUCAGCUAUUGUAUAUCUUCACAAUAAGGAUAUAGUACAUAGAGAUCUAAAACUGGAAAACAUAAUGGUUAAAAGCAGCUUUAUUGAUGCAAACAAUGAAAUGAACUUAAAUAUAAAGGUGACUGAUUUUGGCUUAGCAGUGCAGAAGCAUGGUAGGAGUGAAGCCAUGCUGCAGGCCACCUGUGGGACUCCUAUCUAUAUGGCACCUGAAGUUAUCAAUGCCCACGACUACAGCCAGCAAUGUGACAUUUGGAGCGUAGGUGUCAUAAUGUACAUUUUAUUAUGUGGAGAACCACCCUUUUUGGCAAACUCAGAAGAGAAGCUUUUUGAGUUAAUAAGAAAGGGAGAACUACAUUUUGAGGAUCCAAUCUGGAAUUCCAUAAGUGAUAGUGCUAAAAGUGUUUUGAAACAGCUUUUGAAAGUAGAUCCUGCUCACAGAAUCACAGCUAAGGAACUACUAGAUAACCAGUGGUUAACAGGCAAUACACUUUCUUCAGUGAGACCAACAAAUGUAUUAGAAAUGAUGAAAGAAUGGAAAAAUAACCCAGAAAGUGACGAGGAAAACAAGAAAGAGGAGAAGAAUAAUCAGUUCCGUCAAGAAAAGUUGGAAUAUCACCAGCAACGCAGAAAUGUCCCUGCUGUCAAUGACACUUCAGGUGAAAAGGAGGAAAACCCAGCAAAACAACCCACUGCUUAUGAAAAGAAAUUGCCUGCAACCAGUAAGAAGGCAGAUACAAAUGACUUUGACACGUGCUGUUCAAGUUCCACAUCUAGCAAACUCCUUCCACCUGCACUCAAGGGAGAAGUACAGAAAAGUUCUGUGACUCCAAGCCAAGGAGGAGCAACCAAAUCCACUGCUAAAUCCACUGCCCUGUUUCGAAGCAAAAAAACCCCCUAAUGUUCCCUCCAGUUCUGAACAAACAGUACAAAAACAAACUGCUCUUUCUAGUGCUAAAGGGGGAGUUUAGGAGGGGAAAGAACAGUGCUACACUGAGCUUUCGGCCUUUAGGUCCGCCAAGCCCUGCCUUGGUCUGCACCAGUUUAAAAUUGAAGCCAGUUAUCUCCAAAGCAGCAUAAACUGUAUGGAGUAUUAAAGCACAGCCACCAACAGGCAGGAUGGCUGUGCAGCUAAAAUCAACCCAAGAUGUAUCUAAGGCUUGUUUAGGGGGCAGAUGCCCUUAAUGCAAGGCUGUGGCAAUACUGCUCAGUUUUAUUUCAAAUUCUUAGGUUUAGGCACAGUUAUUUAUAGGGGAAAACAAGAGGUCAAAUAUGGUAAUGGAGGUUUCAAAUAAUUAUGUGUGCUUUGCACUAGAAGACUUUGUUAGAAAAUUACAAAUAACCUUCCCAUAGGCAUUAUGGUGAAAGUGCUUCAAUCCUUUGCAUGUGUUCUUGUAACUUUAAGUUGCUAUGGAUUGUUUAAGACAACUUAUUUUAAGCAUAGAAAAAUAAGACAUUUUGUAACUGCUUACCAUUAACUUGCUGCUAAAUUCCCAGUGUAUUGAUUCAAUCAAUAAAGAUCAGAUGUUGCCUAUA